AUGGCAUCUGAGGAACUUCUGAUUGAUGAAACGACAUACUACUCUAUCCUAGGACUCACUGCCGAUGCUACUGAAGCUCAGAUAAAAAAAGCAUACAGAAAAAUCGCGGUGGUGAUCCAUCCAGAUAAAAACAAGUCCGAAGGUGCUGCUGAGCUGUUUAAAGUGGUUUCACAUGCCCAAUCAGUUCUGACCGACGAGACCAAAAGGCGCGAUUACAACCGAAAACUUAUCGCUAAAAACCUUCACAACUAUGUUCCUAGGCAAAGUAAAGUGGCCACGCUUAAUGGUAAAACAAACUCAACAUUCGGAUGCAAGGUACAAGAGGUUUCUGAAUCUAAAGCAACAGAAAAAUGCAGCUCCGUGAACCAAAAACCAAGAAAGAGCAAGCCCUACGAACAACAACCAUAUGGAUUUGGCGUUGAUGAACAUGUAAAAGAGCCCCAAAGUUCCCAAAGCUCAAGAGGUUCGAACUCAAAGCCCUUCAAAGCCAAAAGCUAUCAACAUCAGAGGCCUUCCAGUGCUAUACAAGAUGAUUCAAAAAAAUCUUCAACCUAUAGCACACGGUUUACUUCACACCACGAGGACAGUGGUAACGACGAAGAUCAAGAAACUGUACAAAUUCCGAGCAAUGAGACACAAAGGAAAAAAAUGGCAAAGAAGGGAGAGCUGGAUGAGAAAACUAUGUCAGGACAGCCGGCAUCACCGUUUCUUAACAGCUAUCAUCGGCAUUAUACACGGACCAUGCAUCAUGACAAGCAGCAGUCAAGGAGAUCUGUAUCACCCGUUAAAAGUAAACCUACCUCUAGCAGAGACUCCCUAGAAGAUGUCAAAAACAUUAUGAAGCAGUUUGCCGCAGAAAGUAAUUCAUCUCCUUCAACCGGGAAAUUUCCGCAGGACCAUAAAACUGGUAUGGAGGCCGAAGAGCGAAUUGAGAAUUCUGCCACGGCUUUUGCGCAACGGGUUACCCCUACGAAGACUCGUGAUAACAAACUCCCGACAAAACAAGAAAGACAAGAAGAGUUAGAGUCUCCAAAUUCUUCAACAAGAAAAAAACCUAACCUUAGAGGACCGACUGUUGAAAUUUCUCCCCUCAAUCAAAGCGCUCACAAAAAUGGCGGAUCAGAUUUCACGUUGGAUGAGCUGAACAAAUACUUGCCCAAAGAUGACGAACUCUUCGACAUGCGCAACGUCAGCGAUACCUUGGACAAUGUUAGGAUUAAAAGAUUCAAGGCAGCAAAGGAAGAUACGCCCGAAAUCGAUAUGGUUGAAGAAGCAAAAAGGGAUGUGAGCUUUCUGUAUCCCCAGCCAACUGAAAAUUUGUCAAGACCCGUUAAUGAGACUCUUCCGCGAAUUUACAAACCAGAUAUGGUCAGUGAGAGCGAACUAGGCCUAGAUAGCUCGAUUUUAGCUCUACAAUUACCACCACUUCCAGUCCUUCAUUUUAACAUACUUCAAAAAACAGAAGUCGAGAGAAUUAAGGAAGAAGUCAAGAGGUUCAAUGUGAAGGCAAACGAAAUUAAAAGAAGACUCAUUGACGUCUUACUUAAACGCUCCACUGCUGACGAACUAUUCAAUGACCGUCUUACAAGGGUUGAGAACGCGAAUUUGUUUGUUCAGGCGAAAUCUUAUGAUGUUGAAGUUGCUACUAUAAUUAAUGAGCUUCAAAAUAGACAGCGAAUAGUAGCUGAAAGCUUUUCAAACUUAAUGAAGAGUAUAUAUGCAUCCGGUGGAAUUUAA